AUGUAUAACAAACGCAAAAACCGACCUCUAUUAACAGCCAUUUUCCUGAUUAUCGCGACAUACUUUUUUUUCUUCUGGCUGCCUAGUACAAAAACACACCGAGUUCGCCUACCAAAGCCAAUCUCUAGAAAAGACAGCACCAUUCGGGAAGAUGCCAUUCGACUAGAUAAAGUCACCGAGAGAUUUCCCGUUACGGAGUACAUCCCACUGCCAAAAGGUUCGGCGAAAAUCCCCCGCAUCCAGCAUAAAUUUCCCAAAGAAACCAGCAGCGAGCGCAAGGCCAGACUCGAGAAGCGCGAUGCUGUGAAGGAGGCGUUUCUUCAUUCAUGGAAUGGAUAUAAGGAUCAUGCGUGGAUGCGAGACGAGGUGAAACCCCGCACUGGAGGGUACCAGGAUUCAUUCAAUGGCUGGGGUGCCACGCUUGUUGAUUCGCUAGAUGCGCUUGUGAUUAUGGGACUGGACGAUGAGCUACAGCUGGCUCUGGAGGCUCUGGAGGAAAUCGACUUUACAACGACUAAGAGCAGGCAUGUUCCUUUGUUUGAGAUCGUCAUUCGCUAUAUGGGUGGCUUUAUUGCUGCCCAUGACCUCACCAAGGGCAAACACCCUAUUCUACUGAGGAAGGCUGUCGAACUGGGUGAGAUGAUUUUCAAUGCGUUUGACACGCAUAAUCGCAUGCCCCAACUGUACUGGGAGUGGACUAGGUCCGCCCAAGGCAAAGAAAUCACACCAUCUUCACGCACAAGCUUAGCGGAAAUGGGCUCCUUGACAAUGGAAUUCACUCGUCUGACCCAAUUGACCGGUGACCCUAAGUACUACGAUGCCGUGCAGCGAAUUAUGAACGAGCUCCAGAUCGGACAAGACAAGACCCGGAUGCCUGGGUUGUGGCCGACAUGGAUUAACACCGACCUAAUGAAGUUUGAUGACUCCGAGUUCACCGUCGGCGGGGCUGCCGAUUCUGCGUACGAGUACUUGCCCAAAGAACACAUUCUCCUAGGCGCACAGACGGACAAAUAUCACCGGAUGUACGAAAAGGCCAUUAAAACAUUUAACGAGAAUCUGCUGUUCAGAGGAAUGACCCAGGACGCGGACCAGCACAUUCUUUUCGCCGCCAACGCCGUUGCACAGUGGGGUGACUCGAAGACCCUCCAGUAUGCGCCUGACCAUCUCAAGUGUUUCAUGGGUGGCACCGUGGCUAUUGGGGCCAAGGUCUUCAAUCGGCCGGAGGAUAUGUAUGUUGCCCGGGGACUUACCGACGGCUGUGUCUGGGCAUAUGAUGUUAUGCCUACGGGGAUUAUGCCGGAGAUAUUCAAGGUCAGCCCUUGCAAGGACAUGGACGAGUGUCCGUGGGAUGAAGAGCAGUGGAUGUCGGAUGUCAUGUCGCGGUCUAUUGAUACCGAGGAGGACCGCGAGAAAGCGAGGGUCCGCAUUGAGGCUGAGAGUCUACCACCAGGUGUGACUAGUGUUCGAGACGCAUCAUACAAGCUUAGACCAGAAGCUCUCGAGUCCCUGUUCGUCAUGUACCGGAUUACUGGAGAUAAGACUCUUCAGGACUCCGCGUGGCGCAUGUUUCAGAACAUUGAUAAGGCGACUCGGACUAAUUUUGGCCAUUCAUCUAUCAACGAUGUGCGUAAUUCGAACCCAAAACACCAGGACAAAAUGGAGAGCUUUUGGCUUGCAGAGACUUUGAAGUACCUCUAUCUCAUCUUUUCUGAGCCAAAUCAUAUCAGUUUGGACGACUAUGUGCUGAGCACCGAAGCCCAUCCUUUCAAGCGGCCAAAGAACUGA